AUGGCCGCGUCCACCCUGUCCGUGUGCUCCAGCCUAGAGCUACGGCAGCGGCUCUGCCUGCCCGGUUCCUGCACCAGCUCCUGCUGGCAGGUGGACGACUGCCCAGAGAGCUGCUGCGAUCCCCCCUGCCGCGCCCCCAGCGGCUGCGCCCCGGCCCCCUGCCUGACCCUCGUCUGCGCUCCAGUGAGCUGCGUGUCCAGACCCUGCUGCCAACCAGCCUGCACCGGCCCCUGCACGGCCUCGUGCCGCCGACAGUCUAGCUGCCAGCCCCCCUGCCGCACCUGCUCCCCCUGCCAGCAGGCCUGCCGUGUGCCCGUCUGCCGCACACCUGCUUGCUGCGAGCCCGUGUGCUGUGGCGCCCCCUGCUCAGCCCCCUCGUGCUGCCAGCCCACCCCCUGCCGCUCGUCCUGCCGCAGACCCUCCUCCUCCGUGUCCCUGCUCUGCCGCCCCACCUGCUGCCCCGCCUGCUGCGUCCCCGCCUCGGGCACGUCCUCCCAGCCCCAUGCCACCGUGUGCCACACCAGCUGCCCCUCGGGCUGCCAGGCUGCCUGCUGCGUGCCCAGCUCCUGCCAGCCAUCCUGCUGCACGUCCAGCCCCUGCCAGGCGACCGGCAUGCCCGUGAGCUGCAAGCCAGUUGUAUACGUGCCCGUGAGCCGCAAGCCUGCCAUGUGUAUACCCGCGAGCUACAAGCCUCUGCUCCCAGCACAGACGGGGUCACACCUGUACCCCUCCCGGCACGAGUCCUCGGUGGGCCUCCAGGUUCUGCAUGUGGCAGACGGCAAGCACGCUCAGCCAACCCUCUGA